AUGGCCAGUAAGGUUGACCGCAUAGUUGCCCGGCUACAGGCCAAGAUCGAAGAGGGUGAUUAUUACGAAGCUCAACAGCAGACCCGUGUCGCGGCAUCUCGAUACAUCAAGACCUCCAACUGGCCUGCCGCGAUCGAUAUUCUCUCCAAUGUAUCCCAAGCUUUGCUGCGCGCGGGGCAGGGUGGUAGUGGAGGAGAUUUGUGUGCUAUGCUGGUUGACGUCUACAAGCAGGCAGAACUCAAACCUGAUGCUACCGCCAAGGGUCGACUAUUGACGUGUCUACGACUAUUCGAGGCUGGCGAGCCUACGAGGAAGAAGUUUAUCGGUGAAAUCAUAGCUUGGUCAGCAAAAUUUGGCGAAUACCCAGCUGGAGAUCCUGAGCUUCACCAUGUCGCUGGCUCACUAUAUGCCGAGGAGCACGAUACAUACGAGGCCGAGAAACAUUUGAUAUUGGGAACCAAGGACUCGCCCGAGAUUCUGACAAAGAUGGAAUAUAAUUGGUACAAGGAGAGCGAGCCUCAUCAAGCGGCUCUCUUCGCCGGCCGCGCAGUUCUCCCAUAUCUCCUCGUUGGCAAUGUUCGUGCUGCCAAUACCUGCUACCGCCUCUUCACCAGCUUCCUCUCCAACGAUAACCCGAACCUUGGUGUCCAAGACGUAUCGAGCUCCGCUGGUGCCAUCCGCAUCUUUCCAAGCCUGCCUCUACACAACUUUCUUGGCUUUCUCCUUCUUGCUAUCCAACGCGGCGCGCCCGAACUCUACCGUGCUUUGGUGUCCAAGUAUGCCACACAAAUCAACGAGGCGGGAACAUGGGCCGAGGCGCUUGAGAUGGUUGGAGAGAUGUACUUCGGCCUGUCCAAGCCUCGACAGAGCAACCCUCUUAUGGAUAUGAUGAGCGGUUUCUUCGGCGGUGGCGGCCAACCAGAAAAGCCAAAGCGUAAACAGGUUACGCAGCGGCAAGAUGCCCCCGCAGCGGAAGGUCUGGACUAG